CACGGAGCAGAUACUCUACCACAGGGCCCCAGCCUUAAGAGUUCACAAAUCUGCUGUUUCAAAACACACACCUUCAAAAAAAUAAUCUGUUUUUAAAACAUUUCACCUGCGUUUUAGAUUGAAAGUCGGCUGUUUUUAGUUUUUUGCUUCAAUAGAGUGAUCAGGGACAUGUAACUAUAGUUUUCCUUCACAGAAAAUACAUUAGUGCAACACAUUCUGGCACAAAAAAGCUUCAUUUUCAUCAGAAGACAACAGAAGUGGAACGCCAUUUGGCUGGCAGCCACACAAGUAAAUGAGUUUACAAUUAAAAAGCACUUUUUUUUUUUUUUACAAAAACGAUACAUGGCCAUCAUAUUUCUGUUUAGCAUAGAGAGAGAAUGUAGCCAGCUACAUUUCCCAAUGUUUUGCUUGAAGUUAAUCUUGUAUUUUACCAGAGAAAAGUUGGCUACACGGAAAAGUAGCUACACAUCAGUCAGAGCGCUGUCUGCUGAUAGAACAGACCCAGUGGUGGUCCUUCUGUAGCUCAGUUGGUAGAGCAUGGCGCUUGUAAUGCCAGGGUAGUGGGUUCGAUUCCCGGGACCACCCAUACGUAGAAUGUAUGCACACAUGACUGUAAGUCGCUUUGGAUAAAAGCGUCUGCUAAAUGGCAUAUAUUAUUAUUAUAUAUUAGAAUGCCGUUUCCUGAAGUCUCAUCUGAGGGGAGAAGUGCAACUGAAGCACAAAAUUAGUCUGAUGCAGAGCAGAUAUUACAAUAAGAAGCAUUUUAGAUUUGCUGUUCAAAACGCAGCAAGAUAUUUCUUAUUCGUUUUAUCAUCUUUCUUUUCUGCGUGAAAAUCACACAAUUCUGUAUUAAUGCGACUCCUGUACCAUGAUGUCAGUUAGUUCUCAUUUUAAUCCAGUCAAGUUAGUCCACUACAUAACAGACCCAGUCAUGGUGCUCCACUCCAUAACAGACCCAGUCAUGUUAGUCCAUUACAUAACAGACCCAGUCAAGUUAGUCCACUACAUAACAGACCCAGUCAUGGUGCUCCACACCAUAACAGACCCAGUCAUGGUGCUCCACUACAUAACAGACCCAGUCAUGGUGCUCCACUCCAUAACAGACCCAGUCAUGGUGCUCCACUCCAUAACAGACCCAGUCAUGGUGCUCCACUUCAUAACAGACCCAGUCAUGGUGCUCCACUCCAUAACAGACCCAGUCAUGGUGCUCCACUCCAUAACAGACCCAGUCAUGUUAGUCCACUCCAUAACAGACCCAGUCAUGGUGCUCCACUCCAUAACAGACCCAGUCAUGGUGCUCCACUCCAUAACAGACCCAGUCAUGGUGCUCCACUCCAUAACAGACCCAGUCAUGGUGCUCCACUCCAUAACAGACCCAGUCAUGGUGCUCCACUCCAUAACAGACCCAGUCAUGUUAGUCCAUUACAUAACAGACCCAGUCAUGGUGCUCCACUCCAUAACAGACCCAGUCAAGUUAGUCCACUCCAUAACAGACCCAGUCAUGUUAGUCCACUCCAUAACAGACCCAGUCAUGUUAGUCCACUCCAUAACAGACCCAGUCAUGUUAGUCCACUCCAUAACAGACCCAGUCAUGUUAGUCCACUCCAUAACAGACCCAGUCAUGUUACUCCACUACAUAACAGACCCAGUCAUGUUACUCCACUCCAUAACAGACCCAGUCAUGGUGCUCCACUCCAUAACAGACCCAGUCAUGGUGCUCCACUCCAUAACAGACCCAGUCAUGGUGCUCCACUACAUAAGACCCAGUCAUGGUGCUCCACUACAUAACAGACCCAGUCAUGUUACUCCACUACAUAACAGACCCAGUCAUGGUGCUCCACUACAUAACAGACUCAGUCAAGUUAGUCCACUACAUAACAGACCCAGUCAUGGUGCUCCACUCCAUAACAGACCCAGUCAUGUUAGUCCACUCCAUAACAGACCCGAAGGAAAUGUGUACAUGCCUAUAGUAACUUUAAAUUCUCCCUUCAUCCUGUAGCUGUCUAACAACAUCCUGGGGGGUUUACAUGAGAUCAG